CCAUUCGUCAUAAAAUGGCUGCCGAUUAAAUUUGAAUUUGUAUCAGUGCGACGUAAAAAGAUUGCAAGUUUCUUUUGCAAAACCUAUUCAAAAAUGGUUUCUGCAAUUCUUUCGAGAGUAGUUAUACUGGUGUUCGGGACACUGUACCCAGCCUAUGCAUCAUAUAAAGCUGUGAAGACGAAAAAUGUUAAAGAAUAUGUAAAAUGGAUGAUGUAUUGGAUAGUAUUUGCUUUAUUUUGUGCAGCAGAAACUUUUGCUGACGUGUUUCUAUCAUGGAUUCCAUUUUACUAUGAAAUAAAGAUGAUAUUUGUAUUUUGGUUACUAUCACCUGUUACUAGAGGAUCAAGCUUUAUAUAUAGGAAAUUUGUUCAUCCAAAUCUUGCCAAGAGAGAAAAGGAGAUAGAUGAAGCUAUUGCUCAAGCCCGGACAAAGGGUUACAGUACAUUGAUGACACUAGGUCAUAGAGGUCUUACAUAUGCUACAAAUGUUGUAGUAAACACAGCUAUUAAAGGGCAGAGCACUUUAGUUGAGCAGAUUAAAAAGAGUUAUAGUACCAAUGAUUUACGGGUAAGAGAUGAUAGAGGUCGUCGAGGAGGUCGUGACGAUGUUGAUGGGGUUCCAUAUAUAGACGACAGCGAUGAAGAGUUUGGUCUUACAUUACAAGAAUCUUCCACCGAAACAUCAGAUACCUCUUUAAUCCCUAGCUCUAGAGCUCAAACACAAAACCCUAGUUCUAAAUCUGUGGCUGAAACAGGAACCUCAAACCCAAAACCCACAGCUUUGAGCUCUAAACAAUCAGCUAGGUCUAAAAUAAGCGAGUCACAGUCAAGUUCAAAACUUUCAAAGCCUUCUGACAAAACAAAGUCUACCUCAAAGAAGGGAUCUGAAAACAGGUUACGUGCAGACAACAAAGAGCUGGAUCGUCGUGAAAAACAAGAUUUUGAGAAAAGAGAAAGGCGCCCCCUAGCAAGAAGUAAGAGUGACGCUUCCGAGCGAAGACCCAAACGAUCCCGCCCUAAUUCAGAGUCAUCUAAUGAUGAUGAAGGUCUGUCUCGUGUAGAGGAGGUGGAACACGAGAACACCAUGGCGAUGUUGGAGAAAGAGCGUGGCGGAGAGAUUGACGAGGUCAUCGAGACAAGUGAUACAUAUACGGAGGAAAUCAUCUACUACUCUCCGAGAAAAUCGGGGCAUUAUACAAGUAAAGAGCCAAAUAAAUCUAAAAGGUAAAAUCAGAUCCAUAUGCGACAUUGCCUCGUACUCGCUCAAGACAACGGCCAAGACUUCAUCAGCACUAGCCUUUUCCUUAUAAAUAACUGUGAUAUGUUCAUCAUGACUAGAGAUUGUUGUGUGACUGUCUAUACAUAUGAUUGGUUGAUAGGAUUUGUUGUUAAAAAUAACAUGAGUGAGGAUUAGUUGAUAUAAAUAGCUUGUGUGAUUAUUGGUUGAUAUAAAUAGCUUGUGUGAUUAUUGGUUGAUAUAAAUAGCUUGUGUGAUUAUUGGUUGAUAUAAAUAGCAUGUGUGAUGAUUAGUUGAUAUAAAUAGCUUGUGUGAUGAUUGGUUGAUAUAAAUAGCUUGUGUGAUUAUUGGUUGAUAUUAAUAGCAUGUGUGAUGAUUGGUUGAUAUAAAUAAUUUGAGAAAGCAUAAAUGUAGAAAAUAAUUUCACCAUUGUUUAAAUGCUUCCAUGGCAAUUUACAUUUAUUUGUAAAGUGAGAGCAAGAAUGUUUUUAACUUGCCUUGUGAUUAUUUUUUAUGCCCCCGCCAUGUAAUGGCAGGGGCAUAUAGUGUUACCCUGUUCCGUCAUUCCGUCCUUCCGUCCUUCCAUCCUUCCGUCCUUCCGUCAUUCUGUCAUUCCGUCAUCAUCAGUUUCCGUUCAUUAUCUUAAGAAUGGUUGCACACAUUCAACUCAAAUUUGACAUAUGAAUAUGUCAUGACAAAAUACAGGUCAAGUUCGAAUUUGGUCAUGGUUCGAUGAUUUUUGACAGAGUUAUGCCCCUUUUACUUUGAAAAUAAUAUGAAAUUUCAGUUUCCGUUCAUUAUCUCCCCAACGGUACAACACAUUCAACUCAAACUUGACAUAUGGAUAUGCCAUGACAAAAUACAGGUCAAGUUCGAAUUUGGUCAUGGUUCGAUGAUUUUUGGCAGAGUUAUGCCCCUUUUACUUUGAAAAUAAUAUGAAAUUUUCAGUUUCCGUUCAUUAUCUCCCCAACGGUACAACACAUUCAACUAAAACUUGACAUAUGGAUAUGUCAUUAGAAAAUACAGGCCAAGUUCGAAUUUGGUCAUGGUUCGAUGAUUUUUGGCAGAGUUAUGCCCCUUUUACUUUGAAAAUAAUGUGAAAUUUUCAGUUUCCGUUCAUUAUCUCCCCAACAGUACAACACAUUCAACUCAAACUUGACAUAUGGAUGCGUCAAAAGAAUGCGCAGGUCAUGUUCAAAUUUGGUCAUGGUUCAAUGAUUUUUGGCAGAGUUAUGCCCCUUUCACUUUGAAAAUAAUAUGAAAUUUUCAGUUUCCGUUCAUUAUCUCCCUAACAGUACAACACAUUCAACUCAAACUUGACAUAUGGAUGCGUCAAAAGAAUGCGCAGGUCAUGUUCAAAUUUGGUCAUGGUUCAAUGAUUUUUGGCAGAGUUAUGCCCCUUUCACUUUGAAAGUAAUAUGAAAUUUUCAGUUUCCGUUCAUUAUCUCCCUAACAGUACAACACAUUCAACUCAAACUUGACAUAUGGAUAUGUUUUUGGAAUGCCCAGGCCAAGUUGGAAUUUGGUCAUGGUUCAAUGAUUUUUGGCAGAGUAAUGCCCCUCUCACUUUGAAAAUAAUAUGAAAUUUACAGUUUCUGUUCAUUAUCUACCCAACAGUGUUACAUAUUCAACUUAAAUUUGACAUAUGGAUAUGUCAAAGGAAUGGGCAGGUCAAGUUGAAAUUUGGUCAGGGUUUGAUGAUUUUUUUUGCAGAGUUAUGUCCCUUUCACUUUGAAAAUAAUAUAGAUACAUCUUAGGAAUAAGCAGUUUAAGUAUGAAUUUGGUUGUGGUUCAAUGAUUUUAGACAAACUUAUCUUUCCUGAAUGUUGGAAAAAUUUUGUACUUUCAGUUUCAGCACUCAUACUUUUAGCCAUUAUUUUGGCUACAAAUAUGAAAUAUGUUAUUUUUAAAAGGUUAAGACUGAAUAAUUUCAGUGUCUUGAACAUUGUAUGAAAAUGGUUUGCGUUAACAUUUUAAAGUUUUAAGGGCUUUGAACUUAAAAUGAAAAAAAUAAUUAAUGCACCAUCUGAAAUUUUGGCUGCAUGCGGGGGCAUCCGUGGCAUGAUGACACAUUUCUAGUUGUGUUAUUUUGUUGUUGUUUUUUUGUGUGACAAUUUUUGCUUUUUCAUGAUGCUAAUGAUAUCAAAUAAUGCAUUACAUGUAUCUUCAUGGACACCUUGCGUUAUAGUAAGAAACAUUAUGUAUUUUUAUGAGGAAUGCUGGUUUUGUAUUUUAGGGAUUAAAGAAAAAGCAGUGGUUUGCCAUAUACAAAAUUUAUAUCUCAUGGUUGUCCUUUAAUAAUUUCUCAUUUCCGUGCAAAGGUAAUAUUUUUCACAUGUACCUUAGCUGUAUUUGUCCAAAAUAAAUUUUUGGGUACAGAGACAUAUAGAAACUAUUGUAUAUGAGAAAGUUAAUUUGAUUGAUAGGUGUUUAGAUGAUGACAGUUUUUGAAUGUUUUUAAAUGUAAAUAUAUUUGAUCACAUAGUUGAUAACCUAUUUACGGUUGGCAUUUCCCAGUAUUGCAAUAGGAGGAAUUGAUCUUAAAAUAGUUAACUGAAUUGAAUCACUACUUAAUAUUGGUACAUCCAUGUUAUACUACUGGAAUGUACAUGAAUCAACUACAUGUAUAUAAAAUGCAGUGACUCUUUAUUUGUGAUUUGAAAAUGGUAUGUCUAAUGUUCAAUUGUGAUUACACAAUGAUAUGCCAUUUGCCAUUUAUUUUCAAUGAUAUAGAAAUAAAAACAACACUAUUUUGUUAGCAUAGUUUACUAGAUUCAUGUUAAUUGUAAUAAAUGAAGGAUUUUUUUCAUCACAAAUAUUGCAUGUCUGAAUGAGUUUGAAUGCUUUGUUCCUAUUGUAGACGAAAAAGAUUCAUUAGAUUCAAAUAGGUUUUAAGGGCAUUUUUUAACAAUAAAGUAGUGUUGUUUUCUAAUGUUUCUGUUUUUCAUUGAUAAAAUUGUUUGAUUUUUUACCUUGACUUUUCAAGGAAUUGGGAGAGUUAUUGUACUCAACCAGGAAAGGGCAUCACAUUUUGGUUAAGUUUUUGCAUGCAAGUUGGUAUCUCCAAAGCUACAGAGGGGAGUAGGUUGAAAAUUCACACACUCAUUCGAAAACAUAAUAUGAAGUCUCUAUCCAAGGCCAAUAACUCUCACAUGGAUUUUGACAGAAUUAUGACCCUUUCUGAACUGAGAAAAGUUGAGCAUGCUGUCCACCAGACAGCUAUUGUUUAAAAGAGUUGUGAGAAUACCUUUCUUUUGUUAGCUAAUUUAUUCAUUUGUCUGAACAAUUGAUAAUCAGUGGUAUUUAUAUUUGAUUGCAUGUUUUAUUUAACACAUUGUCAAGUAAAACAAGGUAUUGUGCUGUAAGUUGGGAUGUUGGGAUAACAUUAUGAAUACCCCGUGUCUUUCACUCACCAUUUUGUUAUGCAUGAUUUUGCCCUAGAUUUUUAUCAAAUGUGUAACGUUUUCAUACGAUAAAAUAAAUAAAAUAUCCAAAAAAGAUCAAUUAAUAACUUAAUCUUUUAUUUUGUGUAAAAAGAAAUCGUCAAAGUUUAGACAGCGAUUCUUUGGAAAUUGCAAAAAGUAAAAUAUAGAAAAACUUAACAAAAGCUGUACAAUUUCAGAAUUCUUAAAAUAGAAAAUACUAUUCAAUGUUUAUAAAAAAUAACAACUAAUUUUGUGUCUGAUAUUUUAAUACAAAUCCAUAGAGACACAUUUCUCUUGUUGUUGGUCAGCUUCAGGUUAUGUUGAUAUGUUAAACUGAGAAAAGUUGAGUACGCUGUCCGACAGCUCUUGUUUGAACAAGUCAUGUAGUCAUUUCUUCUUUAAUGGGAAGAGGCAUGAUAGAAAAAUGCAUUUAUUAAAGUGAUUAGCAUCAUUUUACUAGUUAUUAGUUGAUCAGUUGUGUUAAUUAUGUUAGAAAAUUCAUGAAUUUAUUUUCAUUUGUUUAAGAACUUGUUAAGUUGUUUCUUAUGGCUAAAAAUAUUGCUUAUUUUAGUCAAUCUUAUUCCCUUUAUCUGUUUAUUUGCUUCUGAGAUCUCAUUCAAUGAUACUCUUGACAGUUUUUGAUGAAUUAAUUGUAAUUGUGUUGCAUUUUUUCAUAGAUUUAGUAUGGAAGAGUGUAAAACAGAUGUUGUCAUUGGCCGAUUUUCUUGAUAAGCAUAUAAAAAGAUUUUUCAUUGGUUGUAAUUAGGUGAACCUUACAGGAAAGUGUAUAAUGUAUUAUUGAAUUGUAUUUGAACUCAAUUUAGUUUUUAAUAUUUAUGUGUUUCUAUUUAAAUGGCAUGGAUCUGUUUUAAUUUUCUGAUCUUUUAAGAAUGUAGGGUACUGUAAGUACCAAAUUUGAUUGAUUAUUUUAUUCUGAUAAAGAAAAUGGAUAAACAUGAGUAGUAUGAUUUAGAAUAACAUUAAUGAUAGUGUAUUAUAUAUAGUCAUUUAAUGACACUUUUCUGAAACAUUGUGUAUUAAACAAUGGAACUGUAUGAAAGGGUAAAUUAAUUUUUGUUUUCUUAGUUUGUCUUCCAUUCUAAUUUUUUGUGGUAAAUAAUUAUACUUAAGAUUUUUCAUAAUUUAUUGAUAAUUACUUAAGUAACUGUUAGCAUGUCAUUCUUUAUAAUUAUUUGAAAUAUUAAAGUAUUUGAAAAUAACAAAAGAGACAUAUUAAGGUCCUAAUGUAUAAGGAUUCCAGUUAUGUGUAAUAUUAGUAGAUGCUUAUAAUUUGUAAAUUAUGUAUAGACACAUUCAAAACAUCUAUGAUGAUGUUUUUUAUUUUCCUUUGAAAGAAUAAUGAGUUUUUUAAAUGGAAAACUGAUUUGUUAUAAAAGCAAUAUAAGAAUGAUACUUGAUUGAUAUUUCAAUGAAGACUGCACACAGUCACUGCUAAUGAAAUAUUUAGGGAUGUAGAAUACUGGGUAACAUAUCCCUCUAUCAUACAUCUACUUACCACACUGAAUUGCUAAAUGGGCAAUUUUAGACCUUCAUCAUAUAUAAUGGAUUCAGACUGACCUUAUUCUGUUCUGUUCUGUUUUUAUAGGCUGUACAUUUUCAGAGCCAACAUCCAAACAUGGACACAGAAUUUACUGAAGUUUUAUUCUGUGUCCUAAAGUUAAAAUUUUGUUCCCUCACAUAUCAUUUCACCUGAUCCCUCACAGAUAUUUCUGUCAGAUGUGGAAUACUUGUUAAUGACCAUUAACCUCAGCUUGUAUGCAAGAGAAUAUAGGUCUUACAAAUGAUGCCCUUGUUAUAUAGAAUUUACAUUAAGGUUUUCAUACCACUUGUUUUAGAACAAAUCAGAUACAUGUAAUUCACAUGUGUUAAAAAAUUUUCUGUUGUUGAGUAAUUUACUGAAUGUUUGCUUAUAUUUAUUUGGGGAGGCUGUAUUCAUUCAUAUCCAUAUUUAUAUACACAUUGUUUCUUUGUAAGCUUGCUGUAACAAAAAUCUUUUGUUUUUACUCUCAAAUGGAACAAGAACGAGUUUAAAAGGAACAAGUGUAAAAAUGUUACCCUAUUAGUCUGUUGAAACAACUACCAUCAUCUCAAAAACUUUUAUAAACUGAUUAUUUCAUACGGUUGUUACAAGAUUUUAAGAAAUACAACACUUUUUAAAGAAAUUAUAAUUAUAAUAAUUUUUUGGUCCUGAAUCUGUUGGAACCCAAAGGGAUAAGCCUUUACCGCCGUAUAGGGCCAUGUCAGCCUGCACAUCAGUGUCAUGUGACCAGACUCUAUAUUGUUGGUAGCUAAAUAUUUGUAUUUUGAUACUGUAAUCCCUUAAAAUUUGAAUGGACUGUUCUAAAAAUCAAAACAGGGCAAAUGCAUUAUAUAAAUUAAUAGGGCAAGGGAUAAUAUUGUUUGACUUUUAGAUACAACAAAUAUUGAAACAUGUUUUUUUUCUUGUUCUAAUUAAGGUUAUCUGUUUGGGUUGAGGCAGUAUGUAUCAUUGUCCUGUUGACAGUGGUUCAUCUGAACAUUAUAAUUGCCCAGAUCUCUCUUACUAAAAACAUGUUUUUAUGUAUAGUUAGAUUCCUAUCUCUUUCACAAUUUGCAAAUAUUUUGUAUUCCUGUGGAAUACUUUGCUAAUUAUUUUGCAUUAAACCAAUUUUUUAAAAUAACAUUUGAGAUUAAUAUAGAUUUUUCUGUUAUACCAAUAAUUCAUUAGAAUAGUAGUUCUUAUCACACACAUGAUGUUAUGUUAUUGUUUAUGCUAAAUAAAUUACCUCAGUUUGCUGUUAUGUAUAUGUAUUUAAGGUUUAUAUUAUGGUCAUAAUUGUAGUACAGGUGCUUUGGAUUUGUAUUUUUGUAGCAUUUCUUGCACAGUUUAGUUAUACACAGUAUAUUUGUAUAUUAAGUUGAAUAUACCUGUGACCACCUUAUUGUUUUAAUUCGUUACUUUGAUUUUAUUGAAAUAUUUUGGUAUAUUUAUUAGUUGUAGAGUAGAAAAAAGUGGUAACUGAUAAUAAUUGUAUAAAUGGAUUAUAUUUCUUGAUUAUGUGUCUGUUAAGUUUAGAAGGCAUUAAGACUUGUAAAUGUGUGAAGCAGUAACACUUUGGACUAUCCGAGAAACAUGUUGUCUAUGCACAAACUAGGGAAUUAAGUAUUAUUAUACGUAACUGCUGGGUUUACUCUGAAAACAACCUUGUAUUUUGAAGAAUUUAGUUUUAAAAGUUGUUAAUUUUUUACAUAGCAGCUUAUUGCUUAUGAUCAUUGCAUGUAAGUCGGCUUCAUCAACUAGCCAGUAGUUUUGUCAUAUUAAGUUGGUUUCAGAUUCUUCAGAUUUCAACUUUUAAGUUUAUGUCUGAGAUAAUGAUAUCUGAAAUAUUAGACCAACAGUACAAAUUAUUUUGUUUUAAAAAUGUUGAAUCAACUGCAUGAAAAAUGAUACCAGAGCUAGAUUAAAUUUGUAUUAACACAUUAUUUUUGGGAGAAAAAGUUCUUAUGGAUACAUUUUUUGAAAGGAAAUCUAAUCAGGUCAAACAAUAACAGAUUUUCACCCACCUAUAUACAUUUGUAAGUUUGACAGGAAGAGAAAAGGUUUUGUUGUUGCCUAAUUGUAUGUUGUAUUAGUUGUAUAGACAAGAAUAAGAUAUUGUCAGAGAAGUUCAAGUGUAAAUCAUCAUCAGUAUCGGAGUUGUUAAUGUCAUUGGUGCUAGGUCGGUCACCAUAGUUGCAUUUUAAUAUAAAGUUACAUGUGUGGAUUUGUUCUAUAAUAUAACUGAAGAAGAAAAAAGGGACUUAAUAAAUGGAAAAAGAAAAGAUUUGUCCUGAUAUGCUAGUACAUGUUUAUUGUUUGAUGAAAGUAAGGGUUUAUCACAUAACUGUCAAAUUUAUCUCAUUUAGUUUAAUGGAGUUGUAACAUUAUAGUUAAAAUCCCUCCAUUUAUACUUUCUUUGUAUUUUACUCACCGGAAAAUAUAUUUUAUGGAACACUUUUUUGCGUGAUCAUCAAUCUUUUGUCAAAAAUGAACUAAACUUCUUAAUACAUACAAUCAUUUUGCUGACAUCUUAUUACACUGUGCUUGAAUCAGUUAACACAAACUAUAUAUGAUACAUGUUUAAAUUGUUCAUAGAAUAGGAAAGUGAAAUUAUUACAGGGUCUCACAUAUUCAGUCUUUCUCCAUCAUGACAGAUGAAUAGGCACUAAAUAACCCUAAAGGUUGAUUUUAAGAAAGAAGACGUAAGAAAAAAUCUCAAAUUAUUUCUAAAUAGAAUGAGAUGUUUCACAAAAAUGUUUUAGCUUUUUAUUUUUGUUUAAGUUAAAAUCUGAAGUACAUAUUUGAAAGUAAUGAUGUUCUAAUAACAAUUCUGAAGUUAAGAUCCAAGAAGUUAAUAGUAAACUACAUAUAGUUUCAAAAUUAAAAACAACUUCUAGUAUGUUAAACAAUUUGUAAUUGGGAAAAGAGAUUGUGUUAACUGAUGAAAGUACAACACUGUCCUUGAAAAAAGAAAUUCUAAGCAUUCCUUAUUGUGCUCAAAUCUUUAUUUUUUGUUUUAUUUUUAAGAUUGUUGUUUUGCAUAAUGCCAGGGAUUUUGUUUCAUUGUUUCAUUUUCUAGCUUCACUUACAAGACUGUAUCCACGGUGUUAAUUAGUCCAGGUUUAUAAAUGAAACACAUAAUUGAUUAUUAAUGCUAGGAAAAUGGUAUAACUGAAUUGAUUUAAGUCAUUUUGUAAAUUGCUCAAGUAAGAUUUGUUUGUUUGCAUUUUUAGACGACAGAAAUACUUGUUGUCAAGCUAAAUUAAAUUGAAAGGACUCCCAGGUGGUAGAAAUAUAUACGGUAUGUUUUUCUCUUUAGCAGUUUGAAUUUUGUCUUUCAGUUUCGUAAAUUCGAAAGCUUAAGAGAAUGUAUUAGAUAUGAAGAUCUUUUAUAGUUGUGACGAUCUUUUACCUUGUAAUUUUAUUGAUAUCUCUCAUUAUUGGUAGAGAUAAUUACAUAUUAUUUGUGUACAGUUAGGACAAAACACCCAUUUAAAGCACGCUGUAACUGUCUUCUUGAAAUAUCUUUUACCCUUAGUUUAACGCUGUCAUAAGGGCGUAUCCCAACCUAUCCCAACCCUUGGUCUGUCUUCGUAUUGCACCUGUUUAUUUAGUUCACAUAUUUCUUGCAUAUUUAUUUCAUUUAAUAGUCUGGUGAGGAUUCAUAUAUUUCACGUGUUCGUAGAUUUUUGUUUGACUAUUCUGUAAGCAAUAUUUACAAUGUUUGUAAAUAAAAUAUGUUAAAAUUUUUA